AUGGAGGAGCUCAAUGAGCUAAUUUACGACAGGGUCCACAACAAGAAAUGGUUUACUGCUCGUGGACUGGAAUCGCUUUCGAAAGGCACUGGUCAAAGCGUUGAUUUGCUGGCGAAAGUGAUCUGCUUUUUUCUUUUCAUCCUACUCAUCACCAGUAGAAACUGGAUUGUGUGCAACACCAUCCUCGUCGUCGUUCCUCUUCUAUUAACUUAUGUUUAUCCUAACGAGAAGCCUCCAACAAGCAACAUGCGUGUCUAUUGGAUAAGUGCUUUCAUAGUUACGGCUUUCGAUCGCAUGCUAGAAACAUUUCCAUUAUACUACGUUAUCAAACUAUCCACUCUUCUCUUUUUACUGGUCGAACCGUCAUGUCUGAAUGAAAAGCUCAAAAAAUUCUUCAAAAUAUCUGAAAAGUCCUUAAAGCGAGGUGAAGUUCCUGUUCAAGCAGAGCCUCCAAAGCCUCCGCCUCCCCCGCCGUCGACGGCAUGGGGUAGAUUCACAGAAUCUAUUCGAUCAGCUCUUGGAGGAGCUCCGGCUCCCGCACCUGCUCCACCACAACCGGUCAGGCAAAUUCCGUCACCGCAAACCCGAAGUCGAAGGUCCACCUCACAGAGGACGGCAGUGAUGGGCACACCAAAAACGGCGAGCCAGCGAAGGUCGCCGGUUUCUGGCGCGCCUACACCUUACGACGCGAAGCCGUUGGUGCAGUCCAAACUGUCGUCAUCUACUUCUGAGUCGAUCGCACAAGCCAGCAUCGCGCCAGGUCCGCCUGUAGGAGUAGGGGAACAGCGACCUACGCCGUCAACGUAUAUUAACAUACCGAAGCCCGUUAACUAG